UCAUUUUUUUAGAGAGAAGAACAAAAUUUGGCAUAGCGGAUGCACGGCGGGCGAACGACGCAGGAAGAUGCUGCGAGAGAUAAAGCGAGAGGUGGUGACAGAGUACACGAGACGACGAAAAGCGCUCGCGAUUUGAGCGUUCAAGUCUCUGCUUGCUUUCAAAACCACCCGGGCGUUUCGUUCUAUAUAUUUACCUCCCUCCCCCACCCCUUCCCUGUAGGCUACGACGAAGACGCUCCAGCACACGAAAGCUCGAGGUGCAUCCAAGCACGAGCCCGUCCUCUCUCUCUCUCUCUGCUCCGUGGAGCGCGCUCUCCGCGAAGCGUUCACCCGCGCUCCACCACCAUCGCGCUCGCUUGACAGCGGCGCCUGGGCUCUGGCUGUCUCUCUUCCUCUCUCUUGUUCCUUUCGCUCUUUCAAUCUUGCUGCCUUUCCUUCUUCAUUUGUUUCUUCAUCUUCUCGCUCUCUUUCUCACCCUCUGAAAGCACCGACGCCACGCACGUGCCCGCUGCAGAAGAGAAGCGCCGCGCGUUCGUUCGCGCGUGAGCCGCUUUUGCCACGCGCGCGCGCGCGAGCAAGCGCUCGCGGUGGACCAAGCUGCCGCGUAUGCAAAUUGGGAGACCAACUUCGGCGUCGCAACCUCCUCCUCCCCAUCGAGUCGUUCGUGCUGCUCUGGCCGGCGGCUGUUGCGGCGGCUUCGCGUGCGUCGUGUUCUCAACUGACCGGCGUGGUUUAGAAGCGUGCGGUCGGGCUUGCCGCCGCAGCCAGCAAAAAAAAAAAAAAAAAGAAAGAACAGCCUUCUUCCGGCGAAGCGAGAGGCACUAUCGAAGGAAACGGAAGCCGUUGCCUCUGGCAUCAUUUGUUUUUCGCCGCCACUUCCGAUCGCCUGCUGCUUUGAGGACCCCGCCGUGCGCGUCGAUCGCGUUGGCGCCUGAUAGUACACGAAGCGUCCGUUCUUGAACCCGCUCCUCGGCUCGGCGACCUACGAGGAGCACGCAGUGGUAUUGGUUCCGGCCGUCCGGGAGUCACGGCCCCAGCAAGAACCACGCAUGGGUUCCAGGCCGUCGGGCAUCGGUCAAGCAUUGCCACCAGCCGCCGUUGACAACGCAGUGGCAGUGCUGGGGCCUGCCAUGGCGUAGCAUGUUCCCGGCCAAGAAGCUCCGGCUCCGGCGGCUACUCGCCUGGGCCGCGGGCCUCAGCUUCUGCACCGUGCUGCUGAUCGGAUUCCGGGAGCAGCAGCAGGCGCCCGCACUGCCCGACGCUGCGCCGCGCGAUGUCAACGCCAUCGGAGGGCAGCGUGCCGCGGACCCGCAGCCGCUCCCUGGACAAGCACCGGCACAGGGCGCGCAACUGGCGGCCAGGAUCAACGCCGCGCGAGGCAAGGCGGCGUCGCAGGGACAAGCCGGCGGCUCCCCCGAUCGCCCCUGGUACAUGCGCGGUGGUCGACGGCGACCGCUGCCCGGCGACACGGGCAGCCUGUGGCCGCACGAGGACUCCGGCGACCGCAUCGAGCAGCAGCUGAUGUUCGUGCCCGAGGACUACAAGCGAAACAGUACGCGGAUCAAGAAGAUCCUGCUCAUGCGCGGACUCGGCGGCUGGGGAGACCUGCCUAGGGGACGGGCGGUGUUCCUGCGCGACAAGUGUCCCGUGGACACGUGCGAGAUCGUCACGUCGCAGGAGGAGGCGCCCGAUGCGGACGCGGUUCUCUUCAAGGACCGCUUCGUGGCCCCCAAGUACCGGCGCCCCUGGCACCAGGUGUGGAUCCUGUACCUGCUCGAGUGUCCCUACCACACGCAGUCCUUCGCCAACUUCAGGAACAUCUUCAACUGGACGGCCACGUAUAGGCACGAUUCGGACAUAGUAGCGCCGUACGAAAAGUUCGUGCGCUACGACGACGGCGGCAGCACGACGGCUCGUCCCCCGGCGUCUGCAGCGCGCAACAAGACCAAGAAGGUCGCCUGGUUCGUCUCCAACUGCGCGGCGCGCAACCAGCGGCUGCAGUUCGCGCGCAAGCUGGCCGCCUACAUCGACGUCGACAUCUACGGCACGUGCGGCUCGCUCAAGUGCCCCCGUGCGCAGGCCGGCCACUGCUUCGAGCUGCUGGACCGCGACUACAAGUUCUACCUGGCCUUCGAGAACUCCAACUGCAAGGACUACAUCACCGAGAAGUUCUUCGUCAACGGAUUGGGGCGUGACGUGGUACCAAUUGUGAUGGGCGGCCGGCCUCUGGACUACUUACGCGCUUCGCCCGAUCACUCGUUCAUCCACGUGGAAGACUUCCCAUCGGUGAAAGCGCUGGCCGAAUACCUGCACCUGCUGGACCGCAACGAGACUCUGUACAACGAGUACCUACGCUGGAAGGGCUCUGGCGAGUUCAUCAACACCUACUUCUGGUGCCGCCUGUGCGCUAUGCUGCAUGCUCCGCCACUGCCAAAGGUGUACCCGGACAUCGGUGCAUGGUGGGCGGGGCCCGGCACCUGCCGCAGCGACCGCUGGAGGGACUUCAAGCCCAAGCCGGACCCCGUGGCGUACGUGCUCACCUGACCCAGCUCCGACGGGAGUUUGCACCCUCCUACUCCCCCUAGCGGCCGGUCAGCCAACCAAGCGGCCCGCUAAGGCGCGUCGGAGCGCUCUAUUCAAAGACUCUGGUCAUAAGGGCACCAACUCCACUACUGGAUGGCGCGUUCAAGUGGUAUCGCGUGCUGCUGCUGGACAUGGCACGUGUACGACUGACUGAAACCAGGGGCGGAAUACUUGUGAUAAGGUGCCGGCCAGCAGAGCUUGUGACGCGUGACGCGUGACCGGCGAUGUUCCGGUCACGUGGUGUUGGCCCUGCUGUGCGCGCCUUCGUGUCCCCUGCUACAAACCGGCCGUGAUCGCCGGGUCUGCUGGGCUCCCGCACGUGACCUCUAGCGGCCGGUCACGUUUGAUUUCGUGCGUCUGCGAUGUGCAAAGGUGCAACCAGCGGCUUUAAGACUAAAUCUUCCAGUAUGAGAUACAAAACCAAAAAGUUCGUUUGACGCAGUAACGGCUCAUUUGCAGGGGAACACAUUAGCCGUAAUCUUAUUCAACGAGUGAAUUACAGGCCUUAUGACAGUGAGCAACUACAGAGAACCAGGUCCCUGGCUUUCUACGUCGCAGUAGCGUGGUGCAGGGUAGGGCAGCGCUGAUGGGAGCGUGGGUUUUCUCGCGCAGUCGUAAGUGAAUUCCUUUACUCAUACGGUAAACGCAGAGUCCAACAAACCAAAGAGCAGCCAUGGAUAUUCCAGGUCAUGCUGCCAUGAACGACAUCAAAGUGUACUGCAUUUUUUACCAGCUAAUAUCGGCGCACGCGUAUGUUUGUUUUUCAAGGCAACAUAUGCUUGCGAUUUGACGUGAUUUAAUGCUAUGUCGUGAGAAACCUGUUUGUUUAUGAGACUGCUUCUUCCUGAGCGUGCUGAGCUGCUGUGAUCUCGAAUCUCGAGUGUGACUUGCUGGGUGACAUGUGCAGCGUACUAACUAUACCCCCUGUGGCUA